AUGUCAGGCGAAGGACAAAGUGGAAGAGGUGUGACUGAUGCUCUCACAGCUGGUGUCAACUACCUCACCGGCUCGAGCAAUACUACAGCGACUGGCAACUCUGCCAUCCACCAAGAUGGCGUGGAGCACAUUCAGAACAAGCUGAAUGAGAGAGGUGACUCGGGCCGUCUUGCUAUACCUGAGAUAGCAGACCCUAAUCUGAUUGCAGAUCCAAACACGAUCUCGACACCCGGUCUCUCGUCUCAAGAUACUCCAGGAACCAGCAGCAGGAAUUUCCCGCUGAACACAUCAGGUUCCACGUCCCAGUCCGGCCUCAGUCAGGAAGGUCGUCCGCAGACAUUGCCAACAUCUGAGCUCGAGCAGCGAGAGCUUGUGAGAGGAGAGCGAGGUGAACAGACCGGUCUUCCACGCCAGGUCGCAGAUUCGUAUCGCACCGCACCAGAUGUCGCUCCUCAAACGACAGGGAGUGCAGAAGCUAUUCACGAUAAGCGUGAAGUGCAGCAAGAGCUUGAGGGUAUCGUGGCACAGCCAGCGCCAGCCACUAGCGAGGGUGUUGGUCAUGGCACUGGGGCGGCUCUUGGUAGCGGUGUCAUCAGCAGCUCUCACACUGGUGCAGCACAGUCUGGCGCAGUCGCACCACAAUCCGCUACCGGUACCCACGGCGUGCAUGGCAGUGGCUACCCGGCUGUAGGAACCGAACAGACAGUCACUGGCAUCCACCCGGGAGCUUACACCGAUAGUGGUGUGCGUGGCGGAGGUGUCGGUACCACGAACCAGACAGGAGGUGUUGGUCCCGUGGGAGGUGCAAGCACAUUGAGUUCAGCACCGGGUCAGUACAACCAAGGUGUUGAUUUCACCGGCCACAGAUCAGCAGAAGAGGUUGCCGGCCACGUGGCCGGUCUCGAUGCUGAGAGCACUCGCGGUGUUCCAGCGCCAAAGGCAGGUUGGCACCCCGAUAGUGAUGCUGCUGCGGAUGGCAGUGAGCGUGGCGCAAAGGAUCUUAGUGCUCCAGGUUUUACCGCUGGCGCAGCACAUGCAACAAGCGGUGCAGGGCUAGCUGACCGCACGAGGGACGACCCAGCUUUUGACAAGUCUGGUCACUCGACAAACUCUGAUCUCACUGCUGGCGCGGCUGGUCUCGGUGCCGGUGCUGUCCUGUCGAACAGCACUCGCGACGACCCAGCACACGACCCAUCUGGCACCUUUGUACCUACCACCCAGCUUGAUGGCAGCGAUCGUCAAGCUCACACUUCGGAGCAUCACACGUCUGCUCUCGGUGCAGCAGCUGGCGGAGCCGGUCUAGCUGCUGGAGUAGCAGGCGCAGAAGCCACCCGCCUUCACGACAACGACACCACCCGCAAGGAGCGAACAGACCCUACAGACAUAGCCACCGACAAGUUCCGAAGAGACCCAACCCACUCAGCCUCUGACGACGCAGUCCUCGGCUCCUCCGCCGCAGGCCACCAAGCCAGCCGCGGCGAGACCGGCACGAGCGCCAGCGACCUCAACAGCACCUCAAAAGAGCGUACAGACCCCACAGACAGCGCAACAGAGAAGCUCCGCAAGGACCCAGCACACUCUGCGUCUGACGACCACGUCCUAGGAAGCGAUGCACAAGGUGCGCAGGCCAACCGUGGCGAGCACGUUGAUCACAAACACCCUGAGGGACACCAGCUCCAGCCCACUUCGACUGGUAAGGACGAUCCGUACUGGCAGGGCAAGGAGUCUGCGCGCGAGCACCUGGAGCAUGAAGCUCGCGAGGGUAGGACUGUGAAGGAGAACCCAGAUUCUAUCCCGACUGCGGGAGGUGAGAAGUUGGGUAGGAAGCAUUGGGGAGAGUCGAAAAAACUCCCAGAGUAA